UGCAGACAUCGCAGUCAUCGCAGUACGCGGCGAGUGGAGUGGACGUGCGAUUGCUGCAAUAUCAAUAAACGCGUUGUUAUAGUUGUGUCUGGUUGUGCUAACUUGUUUUGGAAUUGUUUUAUUGUCUCGACGCGCAUGGUUGACUCACCAUUAAGUCAAAUUUUGAUGCAUUUUGUGCAUCUAUGGCGAUUUUCUUCGGAAUUAACUUCGCUUAAGACUUAAGUCAAUACAUCUUUGCAGAAAGGAGUGUUGGGACCUCGCAUGUGGAAAUUAGCUCACGCGUAACUCUUAUUACAUUAAACAACCUUGAGACACAAAGCCAUCAUCACAAUGAGUUGGAUUUACACAUGUUUGCUACUCCUGGCAAGUUUGCAUCUGUGCACAUGCAGAAUGAAGUAUGAAUGUGGCUCAAAACUCUUGGAAAAUUGUUUCUGUGGUGAAAAAUACAUCGCGGCGGAUAAAGCAACCGCAUUUCUUGUGGAAUGCAUCGGUCAAGGCUUCACAAACGUCGAUAUGCUCAAAGUAUUACCAGAAGAAACCGAAGAAUUGGUUUUUACCGGCAAUAACAUCCCAAUACUGCCAUGGAAUGUCUUCGGUGAUUUGAACAAUCUCACCAAACUGCGCAAAAUCGACAUGAGUAAUAAUAAAAUACGCGACAUUAAAGGCAAGUCCUACCAUCACGUCCCGAAUGUGGAAUUGCUCAUUCUAAACCAUAAUGAGUUGAUCGUGUCCGACACGGACGACGAUAAUUACCAUCAUCCGCGCGUGUUUUCCAACUUUAUUAAUCUGCAGGAAUUGCAUUUGACGAACGCGUUCGCAGACAACACGGAUGAGGCGCUUGCCAAUGACCUGCAUGAUAUAUUCAACAACAGCGGGCUGACGAAAUUGUACAAGCUGCAUCUGGAGCAGAACGAAAUCAAACAUUUUCGUGAUCCGAACGUUUUCUGUGAUUUACCCAACUUGCACGAUUUGUAUAUGGGUGAUAACUACGUGCCUGCGUUGAACUUCAAUGUGCGAUGUCUAAAAAAGUUGCGCUUUUUAGAUUUGGAACACAAUAAUAUCACGCGAUUAUCGCAGAAAGAUUUAGAUAAUUUGGAUAAAUUAAUGGCGCCCAAUCGUGAAAUCAAAUUAGUUAUGGAUAUAAGCCGCAAUCCGUUAAAAUGUGACGCGGUGGCGAAGAAUCUGUGUACUUGGUUGCAGAGAACAAAUGUCACACUAAGAAAUCGUGAUUCACUGGAGUGUUCCUUCAAUAAAUACUCAAAUAAGCAGCUUGUGAAUGUGCUAUGCGCGCAUAAAUCGUACAAGUUCUCACAGGCGACGACUAUUAUGUUGGUUGUUUUGUCGCUGGUGCUGGUGAGCUUAGUCGCUGCGUAUGUGUAUUUGACUCGAGAUGUGAUCAAGAAGAAAAUGGCGCCGAUUAUUGAUAAAGUCGGGCGUAAAGUACAGUACACAACGAUAGAAUCGCAAGAUGUUUGAUAUCGCCUAGGUGCCAUAGCAUGUACGCUAAGUUAUGAUAGACGCUAAUACUUGUACAUACUGUUUCAAGAAUCUUUUUAUGUUUAAAAUUUUAAUAGACAUUCCUUUAUUUAUA